GAUCAAUUAUGGUGGUUGUCUCUCACAUGGAGUAGGCAUCUAUUAAGCGGAAGGGUCCAAGAUGGCGGACAAACGCGGUCCAAAAGGACUCCGUAAUCAGAAUAUUUGUGUCAAAGAAGAGUUUAAGAUUGCUGUUAAGAUCGCAUUAGAUAAAUUUCGAUAUGAUGAGACACAGAAAGAGCUGGAAUUCCCCUCAUCGUUUACGGCGGUUGAGCGGGCGUACAUUCAUCGGCUCUGCCUCAACUUGGGACUCAAGUCACGGAGCAGAGGUAAAGGGAGUAAUCGAUUUCUGUCAGUCUCAAAUAAAGAGGUGAAAGCUGGUAGUUCAAGCACCCAAAUUGGUUUGUGCCCCAGUGCCCUUCAGGUUAUAGACUCUGUCAACAAGAAAUUCCCCCUCACACAAAAAGAGAGACAGGAUCUUCAACCUCGGUCAGAAAGACAAGGAGCGCCAUUCGAAUAUGGCAGGAGAGAUAAGUUCUCUGGAAAGUUGAGUAGUAUUCCCCCUGCUGUGCCGCCAACAACAUGUGAAAAUGAGCUGACCGCAUUCCGCAAAUCCCUUCCAAUAUGGGAACAGAGGCAGGAUAUUAUAAAGUGUAUCAAAGACAACCAGGUCAUUUUAGUUUCUGGUGAGACUGGUUCAGGCAAGACGACUCAGGUCCCACAGUUCAUCUUGGAGUAUUCUGCCCAGGUAUCAUCCCCCUGUCGUAUCAUUUGCACUCAGCCACGCAGAAUAUCGGCAAUGUCUGUAGCGGAGCGAGUAGCAGCAGAACGGGGCGAGAGAAUUGGUCAAACAGCUGGCUACCAAAUACGCUUGGAGAGCAGAGUUUCAGGAAAGACUUUGUUGACUUAUUGCACAAAUGGUGUUUUGCUGAGGACCUUGAUGCAAGGAGACAACUCCCUCUCGUUCAUCACACAUAUUAUUGUGGAUGAGAUUCAUGAGAGAGACCGGUUUAGUGACUUUCUCCUAAUUUCCCUGCGUGAACUUCUCUCUUUCAACAAGAAUAUUAAGCUAGUGCUGAUGAGUGCAGCCCUUGACAUUGACCUCUUUGUGGAAUACUUUGGAAAAUGUCCAGUUAUUAAUGUUCCAGGACGGUGUUUCGAUGUUGAUGUCCUGUUCUUGGAAGAUGUUCUUCACUUGACAUCUUACAAGAACAAGGGAAUGGAACGCCACUACAAGGAAGAUGGCAAAGAGUCAUUUAUAGAUAAGGAGAUCCAAAAAGACCUGAACAACUUGGACAAAGUCGGCCCAUUCUCCAAGCAGACCCUUGAUGUUGACCUUAAGCCCUGCCCUGGCGUCAUCCACCUUCCCGCUGGAUCUUUGGUCACUACAGAUAGUAGCUCAAGGAUGUCAGAUGAGUUGGUUGGUGAGGCUCAAGGGGUGGAGGAAGAAGCCAGACUGGCUGACGAGGAGCCUGAUAAUGAUGUUGAUCUGGAGCUUGCAGUUCUAGGAGACCUUGAAUUGAAUCCUGUGGAAGAUGAUGAUCCAGAACAGAAAAUUGUGGAGGACUCCCAAGAGAAGGGAUAUGAGCAAGAAUUUCCCCUUGAAGAAGAGCCGACAGAGGAGGAACUUCUGUCCAGCGAAGAGGAGGGAGAAGGUGGUGAUGAUGAGAUCAUCAUAGAAGCUGAUGAUGCCCAUGAUGAUGAGGGGAGAGAAGAUUCUGUGAAGGAGGAGGAGUCUCUUGUUGAGGAGAUGGAGGAGAAUAAAAGCCAGGGUGAGUUGGAUGAUGAGGCUUAUCUUCUUCAAGAAAUGGACGACAGCAUAUCUCAAGCCUGGCUUAAGGGUGAUGAUGACUCUUUUGUUCAAAUUCUUCACUUGAUCAUGAAUGAAAACAUUAGUGUUGAUUACCAACACUCUGAGACCCAGGCCACCGCUCUGAUGGUUGCGGCUGGGAGAGGCUGUGCUGCAGUUGUGGAGCAGCUACUGGCCCUGGGAGCAAAUCCACACAUCCGGGAUCCUAAAAACAACUGGAUCGCAAUUGACUGGGCCAAGAAGUGGGACCACACGGACGUUAUUGAGCUCCUUGACUCUAACAUGCGUUCGUCCCAUGCACCUUACAGCGAUGACGUCACCCUCGAGAAACAGAGCACCGAGCUGAGUGAAGAGACCAAGGAACUGCUUGCUGUCUAUCACAAGACUUUUGAUGAUGAUCGGGUUGACCUGGAUCUAAUAUAUUGCCUCAUAGACCACAUAUGCAACUCUGGACAACAGGGAGCCGUGCUGGUCUUUCUCCCAGGCUAUGAUGAUAUCAUCACACUUCGCGACAUCCUUGCAAGCAGCAAAGAGUAUGGCAAUACCAAACGGUACCAGCUGUUUACACUUCACUCGUCUAUGCAACCUGGCGAGCAAAGAAAGGUCUUCAGAAAACUGCCACCUACCGUACGCAAGAUUGUUUUAUCCACUAACAUCGCGGAGACCAGUGUGACCAUAGACGAUGUGGUGUUCGUCAUCGACUCUGGAAAAGUGAAAGAGAAAUCGUUUGACGCUCUCACGUCAGUAUCUACCCUACAAGUGGCGUGGGUGUCUAAAGCAAGCGCAGUUCAAAGGCGUGGCAGAGCUGGUCGUUGUUCUCCUGGCACAUGUUACCAUUUGUUUAGCGGCGUGCGGUAUGAGAGCUUACAGCCGUACCAGAUACCUGAACUGCUGAGGAUGCCGCUACAGGAGCUGUGCCUUCAUGCUAAGCUUCUGGCAGGACCAAAUACCUGUAUUGCUGAUUUCCUGGCCAAAGCACCAGAACCCCCAACUUAUCUGGUGCUGCGUAACGCUGUCACACUUCUUAAGACAAUUGAUGCUCUCAACAAAUGGGAAGAUCUUACUGACCUCGGCCGGCACCUUGCAGAUCUCCCUGUGGAGCCCCGCCUCGGCAAGAUGAUCCUGUACUCAGUGGUGCUGAAGUGUCUGGAUCCCGUGAUCACGGUGGCUUGUGCACUUGCUUAUCGCGACCCUUUCGUUCUUCCCAUGUACGCCGCCGAGAAGAGAGCUGCUGCGGUGGCAAAAAGGAGAUUCAUCAUAGACCAGUACAGCGACCACCUUCUCUUCGUCAAGGCCUUUAGGGGCUGGCAGAAAGCACGUGCCGAGGGGUUAGACAAGAGCUUCUGUCAGCGGAAUUACUUAUCACCCGCCUCACUGGAGAUGAUGUCAGGCAUGAAGUCUCAGAUUAUCGGGCACCUCAAGACCUGUGGUUUUAUCCGGCCGCGCGGUGCAGGAGACCUCAGGGACCUGAACACUAACUCUAACAACUGGGCAGUUGUGAAGGCUGCGCUUUGUGCAGGCAUGUACCCCCAGAUCGCCCGUGUCGAUAGAUUGGAUAACAAGCUGACCACACCGAAAGAGACCAAGGUUCGCAUUCACACCUCCUCCAUCCUGUACCAAGCACCAGAAAAGAAUGAGUCACAGUCUCUUUCCCAGGCGAAGGCCGUGAAGCAGCUGCCAUCUGAUUGGCUGAUUUACGAGGAAAUGACAAGAAUGUACACAUCGGUUUCCGUCAAGUGCUGUACCGCUGUUCACCCCAUCGCAGUCGCGCUUUUUGCUGGUCCGAGCUUGUCAGCUCCAAACCUAGAGCCUGGGGAGGACAAGUCACGUGAUACAGAACGCCGGAACAGUGAAGGACGAUGGGAAAGCGAAAGUAGUGAUAGCGAUGCAGAAGAGAGCAAGCCUGGGGACAAGUCACGUGACAACCAGGCAGAGCUGAAGGUUGACGAUUGGAUAAGCAUGCUGGGAAGUGACGAGACAGUGGAGCUAGCGUCGUUCCUGCGCCACAAGCUGCAGAUAGUCUUCAUGCGACGAAUCCGCGCACCGUCCCGUCCUUGGUCUCAAGUGGACGAGACGGUGGUGCGGGCGGUGGUAGCUGUCCUAUCAGCAGAGGAGGAGCGAAUCAAUCCCGAGCUUUAUCCGAAACAGCGGCGAGCAAGGCCAGAGAGUUCAUAUGAGUCCCGGUCUAGAGUUGAAAGACAGCGUCCAGGAGAGAGGUACAGUCGAGAUCGCAUUGGAAGAGAUGUUAGAGAAUCUGGAGCAAGCCCAAGGCCAGACUCGUCUUCAAAUCAGCAGGGAAUGCCGCGUAUGGAGACCUCCUCUGCUAGAUCAUCGCCUGUUCAGGAUAAGAUAUCAGAAGCUCGAUUUUUCAUCAUGAAGUGUAAUAAUCAGAGAAACUUGGAUAUCUCAAUGGCCAAGGGCAUCUGGGCUACCACAAUAGCCAAUGAAAAGAAGUUAAACAGAGCUUUUAAGGAAAGCAAGAAAGUUGUGCUCAUAUUCUCAGUACAAGGAAGCGGUCACUUUCAAGGUGUGGCCCAUAUGACUUCACCGAUUGGGCGAGAGAAGUCUCCCGAAUUCGGAUCCAGCUCUCUUGGAGGCGUAUUCACCGUUGAAUGGAUAACAAAGGCGAACAUUCCAUUCCAGCAGGCGCAUCAUCUCGUCAACCCUUGGAAUGACCAUAAGAAGGUUCAGAUCAGCCGCGAUGGACAGGAGCUAGAGCCAAGUAUUGGUGCUGAGCUGUGCAAGUUGUGGGAAGUCGACCAUACAAACACUUCCAAUAGAUACUCACGUCCGGUCAGCGGAGCUACCAACAACAGCAGGCGUGGCAAACUACCACCAGAAGGAAACUCUGGAAAAUGGCAACAUGGAAUUGGGCCUGUGACACAACAGCCAGCGGUAUAUCCUACAGUUUAUGCGCCACAUGCAGCCUCAAUGCCGAUACCAGUACCAGUCCCUGCGCAGCAUUCACGGCAAACUCUGCUCCAGGCUUAUCCCCGGCCAGCAAUGACCGCGCCACAGCCUAUUCGUUCCCAACCUCUUUAUGGAGUGCACCCGCACAUGCGCAAUUCAAGGUAUCCUGGCCACGUGAUCCCUGCACCGAUGCAGCCGCAGUCCCCACGAGGGGUAGGCUCACAUGCUUUGCGACCAGGCUCGUAUCCGCAGCAGAAGAGAUAAAUGUCGUAAAUUAGAUUUCUCGCAUUGUUAUUAUUAUUAUUUACAGUGAUCAAGAUAUGUCUUCGUAAGUCUUGCAUGCAUGUCAGCUUGACUCACAAGCAAUGAAGGAAUAUCGUUAUGAAAAUAAAUAAAUCUGGGGAGCUA